CCCGCCCCUUCCCAUUUGAAGGGCGGGCGGCGGCGGGAGGGGACCAAGAGCAAGAUGGCAGUGAACCAGAACCAUACAGUGGACCGCCGCGGGGCCGCCAUCCCACAUGGUGAAAGUCUCUUGAAGAAAUGUUCAGAUGUGGACCUCUCCUUCCCCCAGUACCCGCCAGGCUCCAACCUCUUCAGUGGUACAAAGAAGGGGGCUCUGUUUCUCACCUCAUACCGGGUGAUUUUUGUGACUUCACGUUCUGACAACGAUCCCAUGUUGUCUUUUACGAUGCCAUUUCAUCUAAUGAAUAACUGCACCGUUGAACAACCAAUCUUUGGGGCAAACUACAUUAAAGGGACAAUUCAGGCAGCUCCAGAUGGUGGCUGGGAAGGUUCUGCUACUUUUAAAAUAGUCUUCCGGAAAGGAGGUGCAAUCGACUUUGCCCAGUUGAUGGCCAAAGCUGCCUCUGCUGCUGCCCAAGGAGUUCCACUCAGAGUCGCAAGUUUCUGGAUGGGCCCUCUAGGAAUUUAUGUCAUCACUGGGGACAGGAACAUAUAUGCCCCACAGGCGUACCAAGUUGCCUAUGGAGCCCCACCUGCGGGAUACGGAGUCCCACCUGCAGGGUAUGGAGCCCCACCUGCGGGGUACGGAGCCCCACCUCCCAGAUAUGACGUCCUGCCUCCUGGAUUCGGAUCCCCUCCUCCUCUAUACGUAGCUACCCCUAUGGGCUAUGGAGUUCCACCUCCUGGGUAUGGACCUCCACUUGUGAGAUACGGAUCCCCACCUCCUGGAUAUGGAGCCCCCACUAUGGAGUAUGGAGCCCAGCCUCCCAGAUACGUAACUACACCUAUGGGAUCCGUUUCCCCACCUCCCGGAUAUGAAGCCCCGCCUAUGGGGUAUGAAACUCCUCCUUCAGGGCGCGAGUCCAUACCUCCUGGAUCCACAGCCCUGUCUGUAGCACCGGAAGCUCCCCCGGCUGGGUCUGAAGCAGACCAUUCCACGUCUGUGGCAGCCCAGAAUCCUGAAUUUCAGGCAUCUUUUCCCUCUACCUCGUCUUCACAAGCCCAUUCUCCCCCGUCUAAGAUGUGAACCUUGAAGUUUCACCAAGCAAAACCGCACCCUAGUGUUGAAGUCAAGAUAACACGGAGCACUUAGGUUUCUGAUCACAGACCCGGUCUAGGUAGUUUGUGUCCCUCCUUGGGAGUUCAGUCACAGGGUGGAACCAAGCCUUAUCUCCAUGCCUUGAUUUUAGAAGCAGUGUCAAUUUCUGGGCUAGCUGGGUAAAGGAGGAACAGUACCAGAGGGUUAGAUCCCCUAAUGUCUUGCUUGACAUAGGAUGCAUUUAAAACAUACCUUGAUGUGA